CAACACUUAAGUUAUUACCACGUGUUUCAUACGAUUUCAGUACGACAGUCGAGGAGCGAAUUUGAACGGGUUGUUGAGCUACAACGUGAUUUUUUACUAUUUUGUAUGGCGAUUUUCGAAGUAUAAGAAAUGACUAACUUAAAUUUAACAAAUAAUAUUGAAAGUAAUCCUGCUAGAAACAUUCAGUUAACAAAUAGAAAGAUUGGAGACCAUUUUGAACCCACGACGACGGAACUGAGUAGUAAAGAGAACAAUAGAAGUGUAAUAAAUACGAACAAUGCACGUGUGUCAAAGGUUUGUAUCAUAAGACUCCGUGCAGUAAAAGAUGAUGAGAAUCAACCCUUUAAAGAUUACGAAAAAAGAUGUUAUGAUUCUGAUUAUUUUUCAUCCAAUGUUGAUAAUGCUUAUAAGAGGAGAGAAAGCUUGAAUAAAUACAGACUUACCUCUACUAGAAAAAAACUUUCCGCAGUAUCUCAUACAGAGAAAUAUAUUUGUAAAAAGUAUAUAAAUGAAAGAAAGUAUCAGUGUACAAUGUGUCUUAGAUAUUUUACAAACAAUAUUGUUUUGAAGCGUCAUCUUUUCAUGCACAUUAGGAGGAUACCAUUUUCCUGUCGUAUCUGCAAACAACCAUUUUUCUCAGAAGAUACAUGGAAGAAGCACGAAACGAAACAUGGCAUUCGACAUAAAGAAGUAACGAAACCUCUUAAUUCAUCUACGAUACAGUCAGAAAAUCUCCAGGAAAGUUGCUCAAAGAAGCGCAAGAAGAAGAGGACGAGGAGGAAGAAACCUCUCAGGAUUCACACGUGUAACCUUUGUGGUAAGAGUUAUAGAAGGACAAAGCUUUUUAUAUUACAUUGUAAAUAUCAUUUUUACAAGAAGCCUUUUAAGUGUGAAAUUUGCAAAAAAGAUUUCGUAACUAAACGUGGGUAUAAGAAACAUCAACUCAUACAUUCUGACAAAACACCAUACUCUUGCGCCAUUUGUGAAAAUAAAUAUAAAUAUAAAGAUGCUCUAAGGAUGCAUUUAACAUCUCACACCGCAGAAAAACUUCAUCGUUGCAAUAUUUGUGAGAAAAGUUUUAAACACCACUGUAGUUUAUACAGACAUCAAAAAUGUCACAUUGAAAUAUUCCCGUUCGAGUGCAAUAUUUGCAGAAAGAAAUUUAAACUUGAAAAAGGUUUAGAAUUUCAUCAGAAAGAAAAAUGUAAAGAAUUUCAUCAUUUUUGUAAUAUCUGCAAGAAAGGAUUUGAAUUUCAAUGUCGUCUAAAUGUACACAAUGCUAUUCACCAUAAUAAUAAUAAAAGGCCUUUCCGUUGCUCCAUUUGUGACGAUAGAUUUAAAAUUGAACGUGAUCUGAAAAAUCAUAUGAAGAGCAAACACUUUGAAUAG